AUGUGGAAGAACUGCGCUGGCAAUGAACAGUUACAGUCCACCAGUACCAUCAGAAGGAGGCUGCGAGCUGCCGGUCCGAUGGAACGUCUGACGUGGUCCGGUGGAGCCAUAUCCAGUGGAGCCAUGUCCAGUGGCGCUUCCAGUGGGGCCAUAUCCAGUGGAGCCACGUCCAGAGAAGCCAUAUCCAGUGGAGCCAUAUCCAGUGGAGCCAUGUCCAAUGGCGCCAUAUCCAGUGGAGCCAUGCCCACUGGAGCCACGUCCAGUAGGGUUUCCGGUGGAGCCAUGUCCAGUGGAAUCAUGCCCAAUGGAGGCACGUCCAGUGGAGCCAUGUCCAGUGGCGCCAUAUCCAGUGGAGCCAUGUCCAGUGGCGCUUCCAGUGGAGCCAUGUCCAGUGGCGCCAUGUCCAGUGGAGCCAUGUCCAGUGGAGCCACAUCCAGUGGAGCCACGUGGAUUGGCGCCACAUCCAGUGGAGCCAUAUCCAGUGGAGCCAUGUCCAGUGGAGCCAUAUCCAGUGGAGCCAUGUCCAGUGGAGCCAUAUCCAGUGGAGUCAUGUCCAGUGGAGCCAUAUCCAGUGGAGCCAUGUCCAGUGGCGCUUCCAUUUGA